AUGUCAUUUCGGAAAAGAGGAGAAGUGUUGGGAGGCGGUUCAACCCCACAGCGUGGUCCUCAAGCUGCAGUUCCUUUAAGACAAGGAGGUAUCCCAGCAAGGGGGCCGCCUGUCGCAACAACAUCGUCGACUCCAAGAAGAGGCCCAAUUGCAAAACAAGCUUCAUCAACUCCAGAAGUGUCUAUACUAGGCAAUCCUGCCGUCAGACCCUCCUUAAUCACAUCACUGCCAACCACGUCAACUGGAAGCUCUGACUUGGAUAAGAUUUUGCUACAUCAAGGAUUACCUUUGGGUCACUCGUUGCUUGUGGAGGAGUCUGGUACCACUGAUUUCGCUUCAGUAUUGCUACGAGCAUUUGCUUCCCAGGGCGUAAUACAUAACAGGAUUGCACCUAACCAAUUAAAUUCACAUAUUAUUGUGCUCGGAUUGAGUCCACUUUGGUCAAAUGAUUUACCUGGGCUUUACAAAGGUUCUUCCAAAGAACAAAAAAAGGCUAAGAUUGCUCAAAAUGAGUCAAAGGUUAGUGUAUCAAACAUUGCCCGUGGUUCCAAUGCUGCACGGAGUGAUCUGAAAAUGAAGAUUGCUUGGAGGUACGGUUUGAAUAAGAAAGAGGGUGAUAAAGAGAAUGAAGUAGGUGGAACUUACGAACACUACAAUAAUCAAUUCGAUAUCACACAGAAGUUGCAACCUGGUCCUAACCCACAAGAUAUUACUUAUGUUCCUUUGUCAAAAACUGUUGCUAGCAUCAUCAACCAACUUUCGAGUGUUAUAAAAUCACAGCUCAAGAGCGACCCCUCCAAGGUGAUCAGACUCGUCAUUCCUGGAUUUCUAAACCCGUCAAUAUAUGCACCCUCAUACACUGCAUCCACUUUCGUAUUUCCACUUGUUCAUUCACUUCGAUCAUUACUCCGUGAAUUUGAGAACAACUUAGUGAUUGUGUGCUCAUUACCACUUGAUUUGUACCCUAGGGAUUCCAGUUUGACAGCAAUUUUGGAGAUUUUGUUUGAUUCAGCCAUCCACCUCCAACCAUUCAACCAAGAAAUGAGUCAAUUGAUUGAAAAGGCAUACAAAAAUGAGCCAUCGAAAAUACAACAAGGUUUAGUUAACAUCAUUAAACUUCCUGUGCUAUCUGAGAGAGGUUUGAUGAUGAUACAUGAUGGUGAGUUUGCAUUUAAGAACGGAAGAAAGAAAUUUGAGAUUGAGGAAUGGGGGAUCCCUGUGGAGGAUGAUUCGAAAGAAAACGAAACUCCCGAGGGAGGAAAGACUAGUAAAAACAUUGACUUUUGA